UACAGCUGGCGGCAGAUAGCGGGACUUGAUGGCAAGCGAUUAGUAGCACUCCCGCCGUGCCAGCGUUGUCCUAUCAGCACAUGUUACGUGGACUUCUGGAGCAGAGCCGGCGUCUUAUCUGCUCACGCUUCUCUUUACGGGCACCUUCAAUCGGCGUAGUAUACACGGCAUGUUUGUAAAGGUGUUCGCUCUCGUCCUCAUCUCUGCGCUGCUCGUUACUUCGCAGGAUGUGGAAACUGAAUCUGAAGAAGGAGAACCGGCAAAAAAUAAGAUAUCAAAAGAGGUUAUACUGCAGAAGAUAAAUGAAGAGAAACGUUUCUUGAUCGAUAACUUUGAACAUGUCCGCGCUAUGACGGAGAGCUUCGUGGAGCAGAUGAAAGAGUCCGUUCAAGUCUCGUUGCUGAAGGAACUUAAUCAACUGCUGUACAAGACGCAGGAGCUGGCGGAGGACACGUUGAUCGAGGCGGAGGACGCGGGCGUGCUGGCGUACGAGUGCGUCACCAAGCUGGAGGAGAAGGCGCGCGCGCUGUCCCCCGACGGCGUGGAGCGCAUGCGGCUCUGCGUCGAGGACGAGGCGCAGGAAGGCUUCCGCCUGCGCGAGGACGUGCGCGUCGCCGUCGACACCGUAGCGCCGCUGCUGCUCAACCUGCAGCGCAAGUUGCUCGACUGCAUCGAGGAGUCUGAGAAAUCCGAUCCGUCGAUGAGCGAAAUGGAACACAUAACGAAGUGCGUGAAGUCGGAAGAGGUGACGUCGGCGUCCAAGGAGAAGGAAGUGGCGGACAAGAAGCUGGAGAAGCAACUGCAGCGAGCCCGCGAGAAGCAGAAGCGGGGUAACCGCUGCCUGGCCGACGUCAUGGACCAGAUGCGCCUCGAGUACGACGCAGUCCGCCAGGAGAUCCGGGCUUGCGCGCAGCCUGCGCCCAAGGAGGAGCUCUGACCCGCACAUGCUCCAUCUAUAUUAUGCUCUCUCUGAUUUACAAUAAAUCCAAUCAUUUUACAUUAAAAUUUUUGCCCCAUAGAUAUGCUGAUUAAUA